GCUUUUCCUAUCUCUAUGGAAAAGCCGCUCCUCUUCAUACUACACCGUUCUUACACCAAUCGCCGGGGCGGGUUUCUAACUACGUCACUAAGCCGCGACGCGCAGGCAGUCUCUGUGCCACGUGAGGAUCGGCGAGGAAGCAUGGCUGAGUUCGUGGUGGAUCUCGGGCUGGAUCGUGAGCAAAUUCGAAAGGCUGUUCUAGCCCUGCUUGUCCACCACAAAACCAGGCAGAAAACAACGGAGAAGCAGCUGCUGAGUGAGGAACAGAAUGUCUUUUUGUCAGUCACUGUAUGGAAAAUCCCCAAACAGGAACAAAUCAUCAAAAUAGUACUCCCUCACGGUAUUCUGAAGGAGACAUCUGAGGUCUGCCUCUUCACCAAGGAUGAGCCAGGUCUGACAGCCGAACAGACGGAAAACCUGUACAAAAAACUGUUGUCCCAACAUGGGAUCACAAACAUCGCUGAGGUUAUCUCCUACAAGACACUCAAGAAUGAAUAUAAGCCCUACGAAGCAAAGCGUCGUCUUCUGAACCGAUUCACCCUCUUCCUGUCUGAUGACCGUAUUAGACGGCUGCUACCCUCGCAUAUAGGGAAACACUUCUAUGCGAGUAAAAAGGUUCCUCAGUCUGUGAACCUGAAAGCAAAGAAUCUGGCGAAGGAGAUAAACAAACAUAUCCAAGGAACUAAACUUCCAAUCUCCAACAAGGGUUGUUACUAUUCAGCACGCAUCGGUCAUACUGGAAUGAAAGUUGGCGACAUAUUGGAAAACGUUGUCGCUGCAGCUAGGGCAGUGGCCACUAAAGCACCAAAGAUCUGGAAUAGUGUUAAAAUUCUUCACCUGAAGAUGGACAGAUCUGUUGCUCUACCAAUCUUUACCCGGUGUGAUUCCAAUUCUGAUGUCAUUCAGAAACAGCCCAGCACUGAAGUCAAACAGAAAACACGCACAAAUGCAAAAAAGAAAGCAAAGAAAAGGAAACGUAAGACGACACCUAAAGAGCAUCCUUCAGAUGAAGCCAGAGAGGCUGUUGAAGUCAGCGACGUGUCUGCUGCCGGAACUGAAACGAAGGAAACGGCCGAGAUCUCUUCUGUUGCAGAACUGGAGGAAGCGGAUGAGACGAUUCCACAGCUGGUUCCAAUUGAAACGCUGGCAGAGCCUAGCCCUGCAGCAAGGGUAAGCGUUAAGAGAGAGACAGCAGCUCUCCGUGCCAAGAGGAAGAAGACAUCUCUCUCCCCAGAGGUGCCUGUAAUGAAACCAGAAUUGCCUGAAGAUGGAUCAAGUUUGCAGACACCAAAGCUGCUCAAGCAAGGCAAGAAACCCAAGACCCCAAAGGCAAGAGCCCCGGAAAAAGAGACGACAAAGUCUCCCCAGACACCAGAAGCAAAGUCCUCUUCUGUGACAGCUAAAAUGGAAAAAACGAUCAAAUCGGCUAAGAAAGCUCCUAAAACACCCACACGAGAACUCAGGAAAAGGAAAGCACCACCACAGUCGGUGUGACCCACUGACUGUGAAUAUUGCACAGUUUUAACAUAAAUUUAGUGAACAUCUUGCAGAGAAGAGUCACACCUUGAGUCAAGUGUGUGUUUAUUAUACCAGCCUUUCUUAGAAACCUUUAACUGUGUUUGCUGUGGUUCCCAGGUACCAGCAAUAGCACUGCAAUAUAAGCUUGCUUUAUUCUAAUUAAUAAAGUCAAACUACUUUCAGUACAUGCA